UCUAUGAUAGCCUUGCUCAUAUAGUACUAAUGAAAUUCAAUUGCAUACUGAAAUCUGCUUGGUUAUGUACAUUGCAGUCCAUGCCAAUUUGAUAGCAGAGCAUUGCUGGUUGUCAUAUUUUUAUUCUGAAAUUUGUCUGCUAAUCUGGGCAUCCACCGCUUUGUCGGGCUGAACAUUAUAAUUCAAAAUUCCGAACAUAUGCCGUCACUUUGCGUUCAAGAGUAUAUUUAUGGCUAUACGCUUUCAUGUUGCCCGAUUUUUGUCAGAGCUUCAUUUUGUAUCUCCAAUUGCUUACUCAUCUAUUAGCUUUGCAGUGGCAUACACAUGAGUAGAUAUCUCAGCGUGUACUACAAACAUCUUAUGUUGGAUAUGUGUGCUUUCCAACAUAUAUUUGAAGUGUAUCCAGCCUUUCGCAGUUGGAUGUAUUCUAAACAUAUGAGUUUAUCUCCUGAACCCAUGGUUACUUACUGAACAUAGAGUAUCAAAACUGAAAGUAUAUAUACUGUAAUGUACUUUCAGUAAUAUAGAUGCCAAUAUCAUUCCCUUUUUCAAUAAGGGGGCAGUGGGGAUUCACUUUGGUAUAAAUCUGAUUGAUAGUUACUCCGGCGAAAGGCUGGUAUAAAUCUGGUAUUCACUCUGGUCUUGAUUCCUUUGCAUAAGCCUACUUAGAGUAGCAGUGGUUAUACGUGUUUGCUUACCUUUUACGAAGCUUCAUAUUACAUCAGAGUUAAGGUAAACUCAAGUAUAGAACUUUUUCUGCAAAUGAACUAAAUUACCUCCGGCCAAACGAUUGCUAUAAUCAUUCAACCAUGUAUUUAUAAGCUAAAAAAAUCACAUUUAAGAUUGGUCUGGAUCUGAAAUAUUCUACCAACAAACUAACGGUUUGAGGCUUACCUUUUAUUUGUGUUGUAACUGCAGAAAAUAAAUGACAUCACUGAACUGAACAUUGCAGAGGAUUUGGAUAACUGGCCUUCAAAAAAGCAAAAACUGCUGAAUCAGCUAUUGUGGAGCCAUCACCAAUGUCGCUAACUAUGUCAGCAUCUACACCAAUUUCUAAAUGUUUUGAAUCCAUUGUGCCGGAAUUAGAUAAUCAGAUAGAUCAUGAUCCAUUGCCAUCUCCUCCAUCCCCAUCUAGCUCAACAUUAUCUCCUGUUUUCUCAUUACAUGAUGUUAAGGAACCAGAUUCAAAUAAAGAGAUCAAAGUUGAUGUGACAUACGAUUAUCUCCCACAAGACUAUGCAUCGACCGACCAUGAUCUAUGUGCACAUAUAGCAAUAGAAUCAUCUUGGAGUAAAGAAUUGCUGGUUCAGAUACAUGGAAGUUCUGUGAGACAAAAUCAAUUGAUGUGUCUGCUAGAUGAAAAAGAGUGGGUAAAUGAUGAUGUGAUCUAUGCAUAUAUAUGUUGUUUAAAGGACCAAAAUCAUCUAGAGAAUGACAAUAAAGUAUAUUUUGAGAGUCCUUUUGUUACCUCACUAUUAGAACGGGAUGGUAACCUUGGCAUACAAGAAGAUAGUGCCUUUAUGACAAAGAUUGUCAAAAAUUAUAUGGAGCAUGACAUAGUAAUAUACAUAUCCAUAACUUUCAUGAUUUAUGUUUCAAACAUUUUUUUCCCUAGUUAUCUUUAUUACAGAUAGAACUUCCAAUAAAUAGCAGCAACACGCAUUGGUAUUUAGCUAUUGUGAAUACGAAAAAGCGUGAGAUUCAAGUACUGGACUCAUUGUGCUGGAAGUUUGACCGAGAGGACCUUGCUAUUACGGUUAGUUACAACACCAAUUUUAAUCCUACAUGUAAAUGAUAUAAAUUCAUAUUUCGUUAAUGUCUAUCAUUUUUGAACUCCAAAUCUCUGUUAGCAACGAGGAGUACAAUUUCAUUUGGAUCUUCUUA